AUGUUUUCGACAAAUCCUAAUUAUACUAAACUCAAAACUCAUUUGAGAUUGUCUAUAAAUCGCCUUAAAUUAUUGGAGAAAAAGAAAACGGAACUUGCUCAAAAAGCAAGAAAAGAAAUAGCUGAAUACAUUGCUGCUGGUAAAAGUGAACGUGCUAAAAUACGAGUUGAACAUAUAAUAAGAGAGGAUUAUAUGGUGGAGGCUAUGGAGAUAGUAGAGAUGUACUGUGACCUGGUGCUGGCCAGGUUUGGUCUGGUUACUCAGAUGAAGGAGCUUGAUGAAGGUCUAGCUGAAGCUAUAUCUAGUUUGAUCUGGGUUGCACCUAGAAUGCAUACAGAUGUCCAGGAACUCAAAGUAAUAUCUGAUUUAUUAACAGCAAAAUAUGGUAAAAUGUAUGCAGAGGCAUGCAGAAAUGAAAAUGUCAGUACAAUUAGUGAAAAACUCAAACACAAGAUGUCAGUCCAGAGUCCACCAAAAAUACUUGUUGAGAAAUAUUUAAUUGAAAUUGCAAAGAACUAUAAUGUUGAGUACACUCCAGAUGAACAAGUUAUGAGAGAGGAAGAAGGUCGUGAUGCACUUUUGAUAGACAUCAAUGGCCCUCCGAUGCCGCCAGGUUUUAUAGGGUAUCCGCCGCAGUCGCCCAUGCACAAUAUGCCGAAUUUACCACCGCCUCCAUCUGGCGGGACACCUUUUAAUUACCCUUCACAACCGUCGCAUGGUAAAGCGGGCGGUUUCAUAGCAACCGCUCCGAAUAACUACAGCGGUCCCAGCCAGCCACCCGCCGGGUACAACUUGCCCCCGGGGGUGGAUUCCAAAUCUUUGACAAACAGUUUUCUUCAGGAUGAAAUGCAUAAUCUGCCACCUGCUUACGACAGCAUCCAUCACGAUAUGCCGGCUCAUGUGCCUACUCCAACGCCGCAGCCUCGUACGCGACCGCCUCCGUCGAAUCUGUUCCCGGAACUGCCGGAACUACCGUCAGUACCUUCAGACCUCGUACUGCCUUCAGUGCCUCACAGCAACGAAUCCAAUACAAACCCGGGUAACACGCCUGGGGGAUCGGACGAGAUCGACUUCGACGAUCUCAAUAGAAGAUUCGAAGAGUUGAAGAAGAAAAAAUAA